AUGCUUCGUCCUGACCGGCAACGCCAACGCGGACGAGUACCACCAUUUCCGCCGGUUGAGGGCGGCCUUUCCCGAGGAGGUGGCCAGGCACAGCAAACCGCCGCAACCACCGCCGCCAGCGCAUUCAAGACCAAACCGCCUAAGCGCAACCGCAGCCUGUGCCGCCGCCUCCAGCCCACUCCAGGCCAUCCGCCGAAGCCUCGGAACCUCAACACCGCUACCACCCCCCCUCCAGUUCCACAUCCAACCAGACCCCAGAAGCCCUCAACCUCAACCCUAACCACCGACCUCCAGUUCACUCCAAACCACCCCGAAACUCCACCUCAACCCGUACCAGGCCGGCCUCCAGUACACUCCAAAACCACCACCGCGAACGCCCAACCUCAAAACCCGUACCCCACCUCCCAGUUCAACUCCAAACCACCCGAGCCCACCUCAACCGUAGCGACCGCCUCCAGUUUCACUCCAAAACCACCCCCUUUAUCCUCGGGAGCGGCGACGUCACUCACAAUGCACGUCCUGGCCCUGGCUCUUGCUGCGUUAACAGCCUUCGGCGAAGCAACGCCCCAACCACCAUUUCGCACUUUCUCCAACCUUAAUUCGUCCCAUCACCUCCCCUCACUCACUCUGGACGCGGCCACGAGGCUGCGAGAUCGGCGAUCGGCUUCGCCAAGCAAGGAAGGUGUUAUUUCUGCCACUCGCAAAUUCAAGCGAUCCACUGACGGCAGAACAUCGAGCAGACGAGAGGGUAUGGAAGAGAGGGGUAUGGAAGACAGAGUAUGGAAGACAGAGUAUGAAAGACAGAGUAUGAAAGACAGACGGGGCGUGUCCGGCGGGGGCGUGGCCGGCGGGGCCGUGGCGGUGGUGGACCUGGGCGACGCGCCGCGCUGGCUGCGGGCGCUGCACUCGAGCGCCCGAGCGCCCGUGCUGCUGUGGAGCGCCGGCGACGCCUCGCAGCGCCCCGGCGUGCCGCCCGCCUGGCUCGAGCACCAGGCCGGCUACGUGCUGGCGGCGCUCAGCGCACGCCGCCUGCAGAAGUUUCUCGUGCGCGACACCGCCAACGCCGUCGUGGAUCACAACAUCGCGAGGAUGACUGGAGAAAGUCACCGGCGCCAACUUAUGCUGAAUUCGGGCGCCCCGACUGUGCUGUCGGUGUUGGCGCUCCGAACGGCUGCAAAGCAAGAACCGAAAGCCGACUUGCUCCUCAUCAGAGCCCUUCGGCACAUCCACAUGUCCUUCCGAGGCCUCUCCCUGCACCAGGAAGCCUCGGGCGAGACUCGGGGCCAGGCCUACUGCAAGGACGCGCUGUUCGACGACUGGUGCCGAUACGAUGGAAUGUGCGAGUCGGCGGCCCUUAAAACGGCAGAGAAGUGCGCUAGAGAUUCCAGCGGGGAAUUGGUGAUGGUUGCCCUUCCUGAGGGACCCGGCAGGCGCCAUUGGCGAUGGGAUCCCAACUAUAUUCUGCUCCGACACAUUCAGCAAGCCAUGAACAUGCGCUUUCGACAAGUUCACGUCCCCCCUCAGCACCCUGGAGGCUCGGCGCUGCCCUCGCUGCUCAAAAUGGCCGUCGAGGGGCGCGUGCAGCUGCUGGCGCUGCCGAUCCUCCUGACUGAGCGGUCGCUGGCGCCGCUGGAGAUGAUGCCGGCGGCGGGGGGCGUGGCGCGGCGGCUGCUGGCGGUGCCGCGAGCCGGCGUGAUGGCGGGGUGGGCGCGCGUGACGAGCGUGUUCGGGGGCAACGCGGGGGCGGCGGCCAUGGUGGCGGCGGCGGCCUUCGUGCUGGCGUGGCGGGAGACGGAACGCGAGUGGUCGCCCGCGGAGGCGGCCCGCCGCCGCCGCCCGCACCGCCGCCGCCUGCGCCGCCGCCUCUCCUCCGCCCUGCUGGUCGUGGUCAGCAUGCUGCUCUACGUCGUGGCAAUAGGAGUAUUCAGAUAUCUUCAAAGAAAAGGACCUGGUCGCUACCGACAAAUUGACACAAUUCAACAACUCAUCGAAUCAGGUCAGCCUAUCCUGGCUCCUGACUUCCAUCCUGAAGUUCCCACACAGUCCAGGGUUUUCCUCACUAUUCGACCAGUCAAUGCGACCGCCAUCCGAGAAAUGAUGUUCCAAGAAGUACCGCCAGCGCUAGCUCUGUGGGACAGUGAAUGGCCAGAACGAGACACGGAGAGGUUUCUGGGAAGGAAGAUGCACGUCUUGCGAGAGAGUUUGCAAGAGGCUUUCUCCACGUGGCUUACAGCAGGCAACUGGCCGUGGACGAACAGAAUCAACACAUUCAUCUUGCAAGUGAAUUCCAUGGGGCUGCGAGAUUUUUGGCGCAAGGAAUACGUCGAACUAAUCACCAUGUUCGGCGGCCACUCCUACUUCGACUGGUUGUUCGAAUAUCAAGGCCAAAGGUUACUCAGCCUCCCCGACGUGGUGCCCUUCCUGGAGGGGCUGGGCGCAGGGCUCUUCCUGGCGACGAUCGCCUUCCUGGCGGAGCUGCUAUGCUGCAGGAAGCGCGCUGCGCGACUGCGCGCCGCAGCUGCGGCUGCCCGCGCAGCAGAGGCAGCGGCGACGGCGGCUUCCGGCGCUGCGCUCGACGCCGGGCUGGGACCGCCCGCACCGGCCGCUUCGCCUAUGGGGAUAAGCCCCAACCUUCUUGCACCCAUCCAUGGUACUAUCCACGGGCUUCGGCCAGCCCCUUGCCCCAUUCGGGGCCGCCGGGCGGUGGACGUGGACCCAAUACAGCCGCCAAGGCCAUUGGGGAGGAGCACCGGGCGAUGCCAUGCGGGGCUGCCACGAGAGCGCCGGUGA